AACAGCCGCUGUUCUUAGAAGAGCUCCGGAAGGUCAAAGGGGAUUUCCAGGAAGGCGCCGCGCCAGAAGAGGAGAAAGGAAAGGAUCCCCCCUCCCCUCCCCUCCCCUCCCACCCCACUUCGUUUCACUUUUCCCUUAUUUGAUCCCGAUUUUACAAAAUUAGACGGACUUUCAGCGGCCCAAAAGGGGGUUUUCACGGCCUGGAGGCGCAGUGCGGCGAAUGACCUCCAGGUGGCGCCCGCCCGCCUCCCUUUGCGCCCAUUAAGCCGCGGCUCCUUUUUGAAACCGGUUCGCUUCUAACCGGAGUGAAUUGUCGGAGCGGAAAGUCGAGCUGCUGCGGGUCGUGGCCGGGCCUGGCGAGGGCGGGGGGUCUGCGGCUCCGCUUCUGCAGACCGUUGAGGCGGCAGCCGCGUUUGCAGACCUCCCACCUCCUCCCCCUUGGUGCUUUUUGGAAACUUUGCAAAGUGUCCGGAAACUUUGCAAAGUGUCCGAUGAGGGAAGACGGUCCCGCUGCCUCCUCCGGGCGCUGAUCUGAGCCUCCUUCGCCCGCCUUGGCGCUGCCGGCCUCGGAGAUGAAGCCCGGCCAGGUGGUGCCCUGCGUCUGGAUCCUGGCGGUGCCGCUCUUGGACUUCCUGGCCCUCCGCCUGGCGUGGCUGGCCCUGCGUGCUCCGUGGGGGAGCCCCCUGCUGCUCUGUUGGGCCGCCGCCCUGGUCCGGUGCCCGGUGCUGAUGCUCUCGGCUUAUGCUCUCGGCUGCCUCAAAGGGCUCCCUGGGGCGCUCCGAGACGCCCUGGUGCCCGCGGCCUCCCUCCUCAGCCUCCUGGUGCCCACCUGUGCCACCUUGCAGUACCUGCUCCUGCCCGACGGGGGCGCCGCGGAGCUGGCACACAGCUGGGGCAGAGCGGAUGUUUUUGCUCUGAACUACCUCGUUGUGGGGGCUGUUGCCCUCCUGUGGCAUCAACUGGCGCCCCCCAGGCAGGGAGAGACUGGCAAGAGACCCUCAGCAUCCUUUGGGCGCCUCCUCUCCUGCAUGAGGCCGGACCGGCCGCGGUUCGUAGCUGUCGCUGGACUUGUGGUGGUCUCCUCUUUGGGGGAGAUGGCUCUUCCCUACUACACGGGACGUGUGACUGAUUGGAUCGUGACCAAGGACGGCUCUUCUGCCUUCGAGAGAGCACUUUGGAUGAUGUCUCUCUUCACAGUCGGCAGUGCCGUGACUGAGUUUCUCUGUGACUGCCUCUACAACGUCACCAUGAACCGGAUCCACACCCGCCUCCAGAGCACCGUCUUCAGCUCCGUCUUGCGACAGGACAUUGGGUUCUUCCACGCCAACCGCACAGGAGAGCUCACGUCCCGCAUCACCUCAGACACGGACACCAUAAGCGAAGCCCUGUCGAAGGACCUGAGUCUGCUGAUGUGGUACCUGAUGCGACUGAUCUUCCUCUACGUCAUGAUGGUGUGGGUCUCCGUGCCCCUGGCCCUGUUUGUCACCACGGGGCUGCCCUUCAUCCUCCUGGUGCCAGAACUCUCUGGGAAAUUUCUCAAGAACUUGGCGCUUCGGGUCCAGGAGUCCUUCGCCAAGGCCAACGACGUGGUGGUGGAGACCUUCCAAGCCAUCUCCACGGUCCGCAGCUUUGCAAAUGAGGAGGGGGCUGCCCGGCGCUACGAGGAGAGGCUGCAGGAGACCUACAAGCUCAACAAGUGGGAGUCUGUGACUUAUGUGAUCUACUCGUGCACUAGCACCAUCUCAGGCUUGGCUCUCAAAGUAGGGAUUCUGUAUUACGGGGGCCGCCUGGUCACUCAAGGGGGUGUGAGCAGCGGAGAUCUGGUCACCUUUGUUCUCUACGAAAUGCAGUUCUCCUCAGCAGUGCAGUCCCUCCUUUCCGUUUACCCAAAUGUGCAAAAAGCCAUCGGGUCAUCUGAGAAGAUUUUUGAAUACAUGGACCGGACGCCCCAGAUCAGGCCUUCGGGGACGCUGGCACCCCUGGACUUACAGGGACACAUAUUCUUGCAGGACGUCUGGUUCUCUUAUCCAGACCGGGAUGAUACUCUAGUGCUGAAGGUACUUUUGAGUGACCUCAGGCUGAGCUGCUACCGGCACGUGACUGGGUGCUUGGUUGGCCCUUCGGGAUCCGGGAAGAGCACCCUGGUGUCCCUUCUGGUUCGGUUCUUCAGUCCAGACCGCGGGCGGGUGAUGCUGGAUGGGAGAGACCUGUGGGAUUAUGAGCAUCGCUUCCUUCAUCGCAAGGUGGCGCUGGUGAGCCAGAGUCCUGCGCUGUUUGCUCGGUCACUGCAUGCGAACAUUGCUUAUGGAUUGGGAGAGCAGAGUCCGGAGGAAGUGAGGCAGGCAGCCCAGCGAGCCGGAGCACACCGAUUCAUCGAUGGACUGAGCCGCGGCUACAACACAGAUGCUGGGGAUACAGGGGGCCAGAUCUCUGGGGGGCAGAAGCAGGCGAUCGCCAUUGCCCGGGCUCUGAUCCGAGACCCCCGAGUGCUGAUCCUGGAUGAUGUCACCAGCGCUCUCGACACAGAGAGUCAACAACAGGUGGAGAAUGAAAUCUACGAGGGGACGGCUCGCUCUCGGCGCUCCGUGCUGCUGAUCUCCCACCGCCUUCGCACCGUGGAACGGGCCGACCGCAUCCUAGUGAUGGAGGAGGGGCAGAUCCGGGAGGAGGGGACCCACCAGCAACUCAUGAGGAAGAGGGGCGCCUAUUGGCAGCUGCUGCAGACUCAACAAAAUGGGGCCGAGGGACAGCGUCCGCAGGCUGGGGAGUGGGCAUCUGUGGCCGAGGCUCUCAACUCGUCCCUUUAGAGGCUGCUGAUUUGCGUGCUGGACAAGUGGAGGGGUGGGGCAGGCAGAAGGCCCCGGCCUCUUCCGUUCCUAACUGUGAAGCUGAUCCUCUCUGCCCUUCAUCCACAGUCAGGGAUGUGGAAUGGAAAACCAGCGUUAUUUAUUAUUUUCUGGAAGGGGGAGAUUUUGCCACCCCUCCUCCCCAAAGAAGGUUUCCUCCAGUUCGGUCACUUGCGUGAAGUGACCUUCAUCCGGAUCAGAUCUGCCGUUUAUUUCAGUGCACUCUUCUGGAUUGCGAGGGAUCUCCAGACGACAGAGGAAGCAGAGGGUGGGGUGAUAAUAUUAUGCCCUGCUAUGGUCCCUCCCUAAACCCCGCCUUCUGCAUGUGUCACUCCCCAAAUCUUUACAUAGCAAUUGUGGUGUGAAAGCGUGGGAGGGGACAGUCUCAAAUCCCAGAAUUUGAGCAUCCAUUCUGCACACGAGGAAAAAGAAGAUUGUGGGGGGGGACGGGGGACUUCUUCCCAUUUUGUGGGUUGGAAGAAAAUACCCCCCUUUCUCUAGGAAGAGCUUCUUUGGGGUAGUGAUGACUUUGCAGGGAACUUUUUUUUAGGGACCCGUGUAAAUAAAAAGAGCUUGCAAUCUGA